CCAGUGUGACGACCUCGGCUGACAAACGGGGCAACUGAGGCCCACAGAGGGAAGUGACUAUUAAAUGUCCCAGAGGAAAACAGACGCUGAACCCAGUCUAGAACCCCGAUCUUCCUGGCCAUGCUCUCGCUUCUACACCGAGGGUCCCUACGAGGUACGCCCCCUAGGAAAUUCCCGACAGUGGGCCUUCGGAGCCCGGAAUCUCCCUGGAGUUUGCGCGCCGUUUGGCACAUUGUAAUCUUCCUCCGGAGCUCCGCAGCAGCUUCACGGCGCCGGGAGAGAGGGCUGGUGUGUGGGAGGCCUCCUGUGAGCCACCUAUUUUUUUCCUGCCUCCUGAUACAUCCUUCCACCCCCGUCAAAGAUUUGGGGAUGCCAGGAGGGAAGAAAGUGGUCGGUGGUGGCAGCAGCAGUGCUGCCCCCACGGUUGCCACCGCCGCCCCCUCUGGAGUCAGGCGUUUGGAGACCGGCGAAGGGGCCUCAGCCCAGAGAGAUGAGCCAGAGGAGGAAGGGGAAGAGGACCUGCGAGAUGGAGGCAUCCCCUUCUUUGUCAACCGGGGUGGGCUGCCUGUGGACGAGGCCACCUGGGAAAGGAUGUGGAAGCAUGUAGCCAAGAUCCACCCCGAUGGAGAGAAGGUGGCCCAGCGGAUCCGUGGGGCCACCGACCUGCCCAAGAUUCCUAUACCGACUGUGCCUACGUUCCAGCCCUCCACACCUGUCCCUGAGCGCCUGGAAGCCGUGCAGCGCUACAUCAGGGAGCUGCAGUACAAUCACACAGGGACCCAGUUCUUUGAAAUUAAGAAGAGCAGACCCCUUACUGGGCUGAUGGACCUGGCCAAGGAAAUGACCAAAGAGGCGCUGCCAAUCAAAUGCCUGGAAGCGGUGAUCCUGGGAAUUUACCUCACCAACAGCAUGCCCACCCUGGAGCGCUUCCCCAUCAGCUUCAAGACCUACUUCUCAGGGAACUACUUCCGCCACAUCGUGCUGGGGGUGAACUUCGGGGGCCGCUACGGGGCCCUGGGCAUGAGCCGGCGCGAGGACCUGAUGUACAAGCCGCCAGCCUUCCGCACGCUCAGCGAGCUGGUGCUGGACUACGAGGCCGCCUACGGCCGCUGCUGGCACGUGCUGAGGAAGGUGAAGUUGGGCCAGUGCGUGUCCCACGACCCGCACAGCGUGGAGCAGAUCGAGUGGAAGCACUCGGUCCUGGACGUGGACAGGCUGGGCCGCGAGGACUUCCGCAAAGAGCUAGAGCGGCACGCCCGCGACAUGCGGCUCAAGAUUGGCAAAGGGACCGGCCCGCCCUCCCCCACCAAGGAUCGGAAGAAAGAUGUGUCCUCCCCACAGCGGAGCCAGUCCAGCCCCCACCGAAGGAACAGCCGCAGUGAAAGGCGGCCUUCGGGUGAGAAGAAGCCUUCUGAGCCCAAAGCCAUGCCAGACCUCAAUGGGUACCAGAUCCGGGUGUGAGGCAGGCGGCUGCACCCCAGCCUCGCCCACUUCUGGGACCAGGAUCCACCUGUCAGAACCAGCCUGGCUCUGGGGAAGGGAGGGCUGGUGAUAGGGCAGGGCAAGGGGCAGCAGGAAGUGUGGGUGCCCCCUCAGUCACCCAAGCUGCUGCCCUUCCCACUGGGCCAAGCUCCCUAACUUUGGGCCAAGAGGCAAUUAGUAUUUUAUUUGGAGUUUUUAACUUGACAACUAAAGUUUACAGUAUUUUGGAAACUAGUGGAUCUGCCAAUGGCUGGCAGGCCAGUGCUUAGAUCUAACUGCCACGGGGCUGAGCAAGGAAAGGUUGCUGACUCUGCUGGUGCCCCUGCCCCUAGCGUCUCUCUAGGACUUGGGCCCAUCCUACAUAUGGGAAAUCUCCCUACCUGCUAGGCCUGGGGCAGCACGGGAGAGGGGUGGAGGUGUUCCUUCACUUCCGCCUGCCCUGGCAGCACCUUGACGCAGGGAAAUGGAAGCAUGGUGGGAAGCGUCCUGGGAGAGGUCUGUGUGGCCCAUAUCAGGAGCUUGACACAGGCCACCUCUGCCCCAAGAGCAAGAGCCCAUGGCCCAGGAGAGCACUCAGGCCCUUGCGGCCCUGUGGACGGUACCGUGUGGAAUGACACUGCCUGCUGGCACUCCCCGUGCGAGGGGGCUGUAAGAGAGCCCAGGAGACAGAACCACUGGGGAGGAGUUCUCUGGCCCCUAACUGGUCCUAUGUAGCCCGGCUCUGCCUGUUUCUAAAGCUGGGGCUCCCUGCAGAGGGGCUGGGCUUUGCCAAGGGCCCAGACUUACACUGGGCUCAGCAUACUGUGGGGGUUGAGCAGAGCUGGUUGUCUGGGAACUGGGGCUGGGGUGGGACACUUGCCUGGGUCUGUCCCGGGGCAGUCCCCAUGGGUGGGCACUGCCCCUCCCCCUUUUCUAUUCCCUCAGUCCUUGCUGGGUAAAUGGAGACCAGACCAGGAUGCUGUGUCCUAGGCGCACCUCCAUUUAGCAGCCUGUUUAGGUUUGGGGGUUCCAGUGACGAUCAUAGGUAGCUCAUCAGGGAAGAACCUGAACAGCAUGCCCAUUGGGCAUGAGCGACCUGGAGGGCAAUGAGAGAUUCUGGAGAGAGGUUGGCAGGGCUGGGGGAAGGUUCUGGAGGUUCAAGCAGCAAGAAAGUACAAGGCAAGGGAGCAGUGUGGCCCCCGAGGAGGGACGGAGCCCAAGAACUGGGAUGUGUACGUGAGAAAAGGAUGUGGGAGAGUUUAGAACCAGGCUGCCUUGGGAAGUAGUGAGUUCCCUAUUGCUGGAGAUACUCAAGCAGAGACUAGAUGGCUACUUGUCAGGAAGCUGUUGAGGAUUCGGGUCAUGGAAAGGCAGCUGGAUGAGAGGCCAUUAAGGUUUCUUUUUACUGAGAGGCUAUGAUUCAGCCAGGGGCAGCUGUCAGGCUGCAGAGGGGCUGAGAGCCUGGAAAAGGGAGGAUCAGAACUAGAGAUGUAAGUUCAAAUGCCUUACAGGGCCAGGCAGGUGUUUAAAAGGAGGACUGUGGGGCUGGGUGGGGAUGGUGGCAAACUAAGGGGACGUAUAUCCCAUUAAAGCGGCUGCUGCUGCUCAGCUGUUCUCAGAGUGCAGGCCCUGCUGUGCCAGAUGGUCUGAUUUUUUCAGAGGUCAGAACUCUGAAUUUUUAUGUGAAAUAUCCUGGUUUUUAAAUGUUGGCAAUCAGUUCAGGAAAUUUAAAAAGCCAACAUGACAGAGAAUGUCAGUUUGUAAUCUCUAAAAUAGGGAGAGCUUGUGCUGGGGAGAAGCCCACUGACAUGCUUUGAGGUCGGAAGUAUGAAAGCUCAAGUCUUCGCAGAGCAGGCUGGGCCAGGGCAGGGGCUUCCCUGCUGAGGCUCCCAGAAUGGGCAGCGGCCCCGUGUUCAUCCUCCUCACUUCCCCUGCAGACCAGAAACACACCAGGGACCCCUGUGGUUGCCAUGUCACCAGAGGUGGUGGAGUGGAGAGUGCAGUUCUCAGCCUGCCAGGGAGAUGGAUGGUGCCUGGGAAGCAAAGAAAAAGGGAGGGAGACAGGAUGUCUUUGCUAAUCAAGCGCCCAUCAGGGAAGCCACCAGGGGCUGGCAGCUCUUCACACCAGCAGCCCUUGGCCCAGAGCCAGGCCCAGAAGGGAGGCCAGCUGGUCUGUCCCUGGGGUUCUUCAUGAGUCGCUGGGCCCUGGGGAGGUACUUAACCUGCCCCCUGGACUGCACCCCAGCCAGACCAAUCCGAGGGCCAUUGUGACGCCUGACUCACCAUCCCAUCCCAUCCGUUUUCAGUGAGUAGGGGGUGGUCCCCAUGUUCCCCCGUUUCCCUGAGGCAGUGAUGGCUCAUUUUGGGGAGACAUGAGGCUGCAAACGAGGCCUUUUGUGGGUCUGGAUGUGGGUGCCUCAUGCAGGCCACUCAUUAGCAGGGAAGCAGCCCCAGACACCCCUGCGGAAUACAGGGCGCGAAGGAAGAGACGUAAGUGGGAGCUGGGAGCGCGGGUCAGGGUAACACGGGGAAGCUGCCGGUGGUCAGCAGCCUAGAAGGAUGUGCCAGCCUACAGGUUCCCUCCCCAAGUAUCUGGGGAGAAGGAGUCAAAUGAAGCCCUAACCUCUAUUGCUGUCUGAGGGCACGGGCUGGUCACCCCAAACUGAUAACCCCCAAGCACUCCCCUUCGUGGCUGAGACCUUGGGCCUGUGGAGACCACCACAGGUUACAGCGGUGCUUUUUGUUUUUAACUGUUUCUCAUAUGUAGCAACCCCUCCUCCCCUCCUGGGCAUGUUUACACAGGCUCCCCUCCCUGGGGCUGGCCUGGCUGCAGCGUUUCUGGGCAGGCAGAGAGGCAGGGACUUCGGGGCCUUAGUCACCAUCCUCCUUAUCACCUCAUCUCUCUUCCUGGGAGGGAAGGGGCCUGUCUCCUCCUGAUGCGGGACUGCCUUCCAGCGUUCCCUGUGGCCUCCUCUGCCCCCCGGGGAGGGGGCUGCUGGCUGAGGAAGGGUCAAGGUGGGUCAGGGUGGGGAGUGACUACUUCCCAAAGCCUGGCUCCUUGGGCUUGGUGCCAGGUCAGAAUGCUGGGAAACUGGGUUCAGAGAGCCUGUCACCCACCUGCCAGUCCUCCUUCCUGUGGCCUCCACACACAGUCACCCUCACCCAUCACACCAGCCACGCCAUCCUUUCUGGGCCUGGCAAAGUGGGGAGAGCAGUAGCCCCAGCCCCAGGCCCAGGUUCGAUGAAGCCUAAGGCCAGGGUCCUGGGGAGCAGAGCGCCCGGAGGGGGCCAUGUCUGCUUUCGGGCCUUGUCAUCUCAUGCCCCACCUCUUCCGGCUGGGACUUGACCUCCUGGCUCUGAGACAGGUCCAGUUCCGGCCAGCAGCCUGCCCAGAGGCCUGUGUGCACCUGGGUCUCCUGCCUGCGUGGUUUUCUGGCUUAGCGGCAGCAGCAUCCGUAGACCCAUGUUCUGGCCUCUGAGCGCAGGGAGUUCCAGCUGGGCCUGCAAACUGACAGCGUUGUCCGAGCGCCACUGUGUUGACAUCCCCACUUCCCUUGUUCUCGGGGAGACACCCAUGUGAGGGGCCGGGAGGCCCUCCGGAGUAGCAGGGUGGGAGCAGGGAGGUCUGCCCGGGGCCAGGCAGGGCUGCCGUGGUGCUAGCUGCAGGUCCAUCAGUAUUGCCCUCUGGGCCCACGUUGGUGCCCCCGAGUCCUAAGUUUCUGACCAGGGGAGAAACUGGGUGUGCUUGGCCCCAGGCCUGGUGAUGGCGGACUGCCUGAUCCCUGGAGUUUGUGCUGGGCUGAGUGUAGUGCUAGACUUUGUCCUUCCUCUUCUUCUCAUGCCAGUAUUGCGCCUCCUCUUUCACUUUUACACUCCGUCUCAUUCCUGUUCUCACUUGUUCCCUGAAAUGAAUAAAGUCUCUCCAGCUCCA